CGUUAUUUUGACAAUUGAGUGUAAAUUCGAAGGAGGUGUUUGUGUUAAUCGUUUUAAUUAUUUUAAUUUAAAAUUAUUUUACUAAAAAAUAAAUGGAACAAAAAUAUUAAGGAAAAAACUGUCAAAUUUUUUUUUUGUGUAAAAUGGCUCAGCCAUUGGGUGGGUGGAUUCACAGUUUUGCUGUGACUGAAACCAAUACACACAAAAAGGGCUACACAAUUUAUAAAAUAACAUCAAUUGUAUUUCCUCGAUCAGUUCCAGAAGCGCUCACAUGCAUUUCAGUAUGGAAAAGAUUUCAUGAUGUAAAGAGAUUGUACCGCGAUUUGCAAAAGCGUCAUCGGAAUUUAUCCCUAAAUGGAAAGGUUCCUGAACCUAAAAAUGAUUAUUUUAAAAGAUUUGAUCCUGAGGUUAUCAAGGCAAGAAAAGAAUAUAUUCUUUAUUUAUUAGAUUUUGCAGCUCAACAUCCAGCAUUAUACAAAUCCCAAUCAUUUUUGUCUUUCUUUGAAAAUGGCUAUAGUCCAAAUAAUUCGCCUUUGCAUAAAGUGAAUAAAGUAGGAAAUAUAGAAAAAAUUUGUGAUAAACUAGACUUAACAUACGAAGACAAUAUAAGCCUUAUUGACCCUAAGAAAGAUGAUAGUAAAAUUGAAAAUGACAAAGUAUGUGUAAAAACAAAAUUAAAUGAAUUAACUGCUUUUGAAAAUAUUGAUAAGAAUACUGAGAAAAUAGAAGAAGAAAAGGAACAUGCAGAUAACACAGGUCAAAAUUUAUCAGACAAGGAUGAAACAACAGUUGAAAUUUCUAAAACACCAAUUUUAACUCCGAUGGUGAGUAUUGAGGAAGGUGAUGUGGAUUAUAUUUAUGAGGCAGCUUUGGAAUUCAGCCAAGCUGUUCAAGCUGAAGUUAAUUUGGAAUAUCAAGAAGCAUACGAGAAGUACAAAAAGGGAAUUGAAAAAUUGCUAGGGGGAUCCAAAGAUGAAAUGAACGAGGAAAGAAAAUUUAUUGCCAAAGCUAAAGUAGCCAAAUAUAUGGCCAGGUCUGAUGAAAUUUAUGAAAAAUUUAUUUUACAUCGUGAAAACGAGAAAAAGCUUUCGUUCCAAUUGUCUAUUGAUAUGUGUGAGGAUUCAACAAUUGAAACAGCUUAUUUGGAGCGGCCAUGGAACCAAUUAUCACGGUUUAAGGUUAUGCAAAUAAUCGAUUCAGUCCUUCAAGUUCAAGAUGUCACCGAUAAAUCAACGUAUAUUUUAAAAGGAAUAGAAAAACCGAGUUAUAAUUCAAAAGCUCAAUCGAUAUUUUUACCACAAGGGGUUCCAUAUAUGGUAGAGUUGAUAGGAUAUUUUCAGUCUGCAGAUAAAAUAUUUUUACUUUUGAGACAAGCUAAAGGAGGGAAAUUGUUUGAUUACAUUAAAAUGUACACUCCGAACACUGUUGCAUCAAUUUCUUUAAAUGAAAUUUUUGCCGAAAUUGAAUCUGAUACUACACAAACAAACAUUUCUGUGAACGAAAAAGCAUCGAAAGAACAGUCGGUUCCAGAAAUAGAAUUUACUUUCCCCGAUCCGGAUUUUGAACAAGUUUUGGAUGACUUUCAAAAUCUUAGUGAUAAAGACAGCAGUCAUUUGAAAAUGAUACAAGAUAUAUUAAGUGAAGAUCAGAAAGACAAUAAUGUGGAUAAUGUUGAAGCCAAUUCACCUCAUGUAAGUAAUUGUAGCGAAAGUAUUCCCUUUGAUAAUCUUUCACAAGAUAUGGAUAUAAAUGAUUUAGUUGAUUGCUCUCAAAAGUUAUUACGAUCCGUUUCAAAAACAUUGGAUAAAUCAAAAAAUACUGAAACCGAAAAAAUUUAUGAUAACAAAAAUGAAGCGAUUCAACCAAUAGACGAUCAAAUAGAAAAAUACAAUAUAAAAUUGAAUGAAAAACAAACUCUGACAGUGGAGAAAGGAGAAAAUUUAAUAGCACCAUGUUCUCCACGAAUGAAAAUCAAAACAAAGUUUUCUGUUCCAGAAGUAAGUGUUAAACAGUGGGCAAGAGAACUAGUUGUUGCUAUUGAUAGUCUUCAUUCGAAAGGUGUGAUUUUAGGAGAUUUACAUCCUGAUAACAUAUUGUUGGGUUCAAAAGGUCAAUUACUUUUAUCUUAUUUUCAUCAAAACGAAGGAUGUGAUCCUAGUUCAAAUUUUAUUUACAACCCUCUAGUCAAUGAAACAUAUUGUAUUGCACCUGAACGACCACUAACUAUGAAGUCUGAUUGGUGGAGCUUUGGUGUUGUAUUGUUUGAACUUAUUACGGGAUGUUCAUUCAGAUCAUGUCAUCCUGGUGGAAUUUAUAUGUAUUUUGAAGUACAAUUUCCAAAUAUAGAUAUUUCCCAUGAUGCUAGAAACUUAUUAGAAAGCGUUUUGGUACCAGAGCCUGAAAAGCGUUUAGAUAUAUCUUCAAUUAAAGCACAUCCAUUUUUUACUGGAACAUUAUGGAACGAUUUAUAUCAAAAAGGUGUUAAUUUUAUGUAAAAUAAGUAAAAUAUAUUAUAUAUAUGUAUGUACUAUAUAUUUACAUUCAUAUAAUAUAUGUAUGGGGUUAGUGUCCUAUUUUGAAUGUUAAUUGUAAUUUAUGAGUGUUAAUUUCUCGAAUAUAUUAUUCGAUUUUAUUUUUAUUAUACCAAAAUAUAUUAUGUUCAUGUAUCUAAGAAAGAUAUUAUUGAAUAACUUACAUUAUAAAUUAUGACAUACAUUUAAUAGUUACUUAAAAUAUUCAA